CAUUUCCGCGCGUCCGGGUCGCACAGAGCCUGACGUCGCCGGGGUGGCCGGGCCGUGCGUGGGAGCCGUCUGGCCUUGAGCCUGUUGUCCCUGAUUAAGGAAAUGACCACCCAGUACAGUAUUCUCUUCAAACAGGAGCAAGCCCAUGAUGACGCCAUUUGGUCUGUUGCCUGGGGAACAAACAAGAAGGACAACUUAGAAACUGUGGUCACAGGGUCGCUGGAUGACCUGGUGAAGGUCUGGAAAUGGCAGGACGAGCGGCUGGACCUGCAGUGGAGCCUGGAGGGCCACCAGCUGGGCGUGGUAUCCGUAGACAUCAGCCACACGCUGCCCAUCGCAGCCUCCAGCUCCCUGGACGCACACAUCCGCCUCUGGGACUUGGAGAAUGGCAAGCAGAUCAAAUCUAUAGACGCGGGGCCCGUGGACGCCUGGACUUUGGCCUUUUCUCCUGACUCCCAGUAUCUGGCCACAGGCACUCACGUAGGGAAAGUGAACAUCUUUGGUGUGGAGAGUGGGAAGAAAGAAUAUUCUUUGGACACACGAGGAAAAUUCAUUCUUAGCAUUGCAUACAGCCCCGACGGGAAGUACCUGGCCAGCGGAGCCAUCGACGGAAUCAUCAAUAUCUUUGAUAUUGCAACUGGAAAACUUCUUCACACACUUGAAGGCCAUGCCAUGCCCAUCCGCUCCUUGACCUUCUCCCCCGACUCCCAGCUCCUGGUCACCGCCUCGGACGAUGGCUACAUUAAGAUCUAUGAUGUGCAACAUGCCAACCUGGCUGGCACCCUAAGCGGCCAUGCCUCCUGGGUGCUCAACAUCGCCUUCUGCCCCGACGACACUCACUUCGUCUCCAGCUCCUCAGACAAGAGUGUGAAGGUGUGGGAUGUGGGGACAAGGACGUGCGUCCACACCUUCUUUGACCACCAGGAUCAGGUCUGGGGAGUGAAAUACAAUGGCAGUGGCUCAAAAAUUGUGUCUGUGGGGGACGACCAGGAAAUUCACAUCUACGACUGUCCAACCUGAGCCUGGACCUGGGGCCAGCACACAUGCCUCGCUCCCCAAGGCAAGCCGUGAAGAAAUGCAGAAUCUGUGUAGAGAAGACUUUUGUACAUACAGUAUAAACAUGUUCCUGUUUUAUUGGAAAUGCUGUUCAUACUUUUAACAUAAAGCAUUAAUGCACAUGUGUGCGCACAUGUGCAUCUCUUUG